AUGCAAACCCAACAUGCAGUGGCUAGGCCCACUGCAAGGGUUAGGAACAUUUUUGGCCCGAGUUACGCUUUAUCGUCUAGCGAAGAGCGCAGAUCAUACAGGAACAUCCUACUUCUUCUGAUCAUCCUUGAUUUUGGACAUAGUCUCCAUGUAGAGGUGGUGAAGAGAAGCAAUAAACCGCAUGAUGGAACUAAAACUUUGUCAAGAUAUAAACGAGAAUGGAUUAUUCCACCAGUUUCAAUUAUAGAAGAACAGGACAAUUCUUACAAAAAUCCCAUUGCAAGGAUCCAAUCUGAUAUCAAAAUUGACCCAAGAAAGAGAAUUCGCUACAUCAUAGUUGGUAGAGGGGUGACCGAACCACCGAUGGGCUUAUUCAUUAUCGACGAAAGGACAGGAGACAUAAAUGUAACUGGAAUUGUGGACAGAGAAGAAAUUGACAUGUUCUUUUUAAAAGGUUAUGCCAAGGAUGAAACUGGAAAAGAUGUGGAGCCUCCUAUAGAUCUUCGAGUUAGUGUUGAGGAUAUUAAUGAUAACAGUCCAGUAUUUACCAGUGAAGUGUUUGUUUGUUCGGUUGAAGAGAUGUCUGCUCCAAAUACGCUUGUUAUGGUUCUAAAUGCCACAGAUGCAGAUAAGGCCAAUACCGUAAAUACCAAGCUUGCCUACAGAAUCAUUUCUCAAGAGCCAGGAGCCAAAUUCCUUUUCAUGUUGACAAAGGAUGGCCAAAUUCUCACAACAGCAGGAAUGCUUGACAGAGAGCAACAGACAAGCUACUCUCUGGAGGUUGAAGUAAAAGAUCGGGAUGGAGAUCCAAAUGGAGGUCUCUCUGGAACAGCUAAGGUGAAAAUCAAAGUGACGGAUGUCAAUGACAACAUUCCUGUCCUAGAAAGGGAAGAGUACUCGGGAGAAGUUGAAGAAAAUGUUGAGGGUGUUGAAAUAUUGCGUAUGAAAGCGUUUGAUAACGAUGAAGAGUUUACAGAUAACUGGUUUGCUAACUUUACUAUAAUAUCAGGCAAUGAAGGUGGCCACUUUCAAAUAAUAACCGAUGAACAAACAAAUGAAGGUGUGCUUAUGUUAGUGAAGGAGGCGGAUUAUGAAGUUAUGCAGAAUGCACAGCUGAGUGUGAUUGUCUCAAACCGUGCGGAAUAUCACAGCUCCAUCCAACACCUAAUUAGCGGAGGCAGCUCAUCUGGUGGAAUAAUAACAGGAGGAGGUGGAGGUGGAGGUGGAGGUGGUGGAGGGGGAGCAGGAGCAGGAGGAGGAAAAGCUGUUCCUAUUAAAGUAAGAGUGAAGAACGUACGGGAGGGACCUGUAUUCAAGCCAAGGAAGAAGACGCUUGUUGUGUCUGAAGGAAAGAAAAUAAUAAACUCCGUAAUUGGUUCCUAUCAAGCAUUUGAUUCUGACACUGGAAAAAUUGCAGAACACGUUAAGUAUGCAAAAGAAUAUGAUCCCGAUAACUGGUUUACCAUUGACCCAGUUACAGCUGAAAUCAGACUUACAAAAGAACCUGAUCGCGAGUCUCUCUACGUAGUUAAUGGCUCUUAUGUUGCAAAGAUAUUGGCAAUAAGUGAAGAUCUCCCAGGAAAGACUGCCACAGGCACCAUCUCUAUUGAUGUGGAAGAUGCCAAUGACAAUUGUCCAGUUUUAGUGAAUGCAGCACAAACAGUUUGUGAGAGCGCACCAUUCAUCAACCUGACCGCAUUGGAUAAGGAUUCCUAUCCUAAUAGCACUCCACUAAAAUUUACAGUGCUGGAUGAACCAGCUGGCAAUUCACAGCAAUGGUCAAUUGGAAAAACCGAAAGUAGCAGUGCACAACUGAUACCAAAAACCAUUUGGGUAGGAUCACAUCAAGUUACUCUUCUUAUAACAGACAAUCAAGGCCUGAGCUGUGCAGAAAAGCAGGUCCUGAAACUCCAAGUGUGUAGCUGUCAGAGUGGUGUUCCGGCCUGCUCAGAGAGACUAUCCAACACGUCUGUAGGUCUGGGAGGUGGAGCCGUUGCACUCAUCAUUCUUGCAUGUUUGCUACUACUAUUGGUCCCACUUUUACUGCUUUUGUGCUCCUGCGGCUCGAAAGCAAAAGGAUUUUUAACAGUUCCAGAAGAUGGCCCUGAAGGAACAAUUCUUAUACACAACAAAGAAGGCCCUAUACCCGAGGACACAGCUGUAAUGCCACAUGCAAUUGGGGUUAUUGGUGCUGCGGGAGCAGGGGCUGGGGCUGGGGCUGGAAUGCUAAAAGGCAGUGGCUAUGCAGCGGAAGCUAUGGACGGAUACGAUUACAGCUCUAAGGGGAUGUACAGUUCCAGUAUGUAUGGAAUGGGUGGACGAUAUGAAGAACAUGGGGCUCUGCUAACUGCAGGAGAAAUGGCGGCUGGAGGUGGAGCUGGCAUGAGAGCUAUUGGUGUUCUGGGCUCAGGAAGUGGAGCUGGAGCUCAAGUCUCCUUUGGUGCUGCAGGUUAUGGUGGGAGCCAGGCUGUUCUGAAUGAAGAAUUCAUGAGAGGCUAUUUCUUUGAUAAAGGCAUGCUGUGUGCUGAUGAAGACAUGGCCCAGGCAUCCAAAGACUGCAUCCUUAUGUAUUCCCAGGAAGGAACUGGAUCCAUUGCUGGAUCUGUUGGCUGCUGCAGUUUAGUGGAAGGCGAGUUUGAAGAUGACCGCUAUCUGGAUGAUUUGGGACUGAAGUUUAAAGUCUUAGCAGAUAUUUGCCUAGGUACAAAUGUAGCCAGUGAUGCAGAAAUAUCCAAGUAUACAGCCUAUGAGGAAGCUAGACGAGGUGCUGUAGUGUCACAAGUAGUAGCAGAUAUUGAUCUAGUUGAGGAAGAAGAGGAGGAGGAGGAGGUAGAGCAACGUGACUUCGAAAUGGAAGCUUCUUAUAUGUCAUCAGAAUCUCGUAUUCAGGAGGCCAAACCAGUAGCGAGGGAGAAUGUGGUGACUGGAGAAUCCCUGGUCACUUCUAGAUACGUGCAAGAGCCCAUCAUGCGCGGUAAUGUUCUUGUCACAGAGAAAACCUACACCACUGCUCCUACAGUAUUUUUCGAGCCAGUUCAUAGACAGAAUGUACUGGUGACAGAACGGGUAAUUCGGCCCGCUACCAGCUUGCACAAUGUGUUGGAUCUUUCUGAUGCAGAAAAUGUUAUGGUAACGGAACGCGUGAUGAAAUCUGACAAAGAAUUGUCUGGCCUGAUGAGUGUAGCAGACGCCCCUGAUUCCCAGUAUCUGCUGGUCACAGAGCGAGUUCUUGGACCCAGUAACAAUAUCAAGGCUGCUGUCAGCAUCCCUGAUGUGUCUAUGGGGCAAAGCAUGAUCGUGACAGAGAGACAUUUUACCCCAAUAUCUGGAAUUAAUGGCAGUGUAGUCAUGCCUGCUGAGCUGUCAGCUGGCUCUAGUAUGGGGAAAGAGAGCAUCUCUAUCUCACAAAGUGGGAGUCAGGGACGAUCUGUGUAUACAAAGGGGAGCUUCGGGGUGGAAGAAGUUCCAUCUUCCGGUAGCAAUGUAGGGAAUUCAACAAGCAGAGUGACAAAAUACAGCAAAGUACACUAUACUCGUUCCUAAAACACUCUUGGGGAACACUCGAUUUAGUGGAAAGUUUUGCUUUUGUUUGAUACAAAGCCACUGAGAUGUUAUACAAAAGCACAAAGUUGCACUAAAAUUCAAGAAUUUGUUGAAAACUAUUUUAUAUUAAAAAAAACUUUAAAAAAAAUCUAGAGCACAUGUCCUGCUGAUCCACUGAAUAG